GCGGUGACAGUGAAAACAAUAUUAGUAUAUGAAAAAGAUGAAAACGUGAAUUCUAGCACAUUAAUAACAAUAUUAGUCGGUAUUUUCUGUAUUUUGAUGUGAAAGUAUUUUGUAUCUAAUCUGAUGAUCAUUGUACCCGAGUUCCGUCGGGAAGCUAAAAUGGCGUUCAACCCGUUUCUAUUUCACAGGCCGAACGACUACAGUAUGGGUUCGUUAUUGGGAGGCCAGCCGUCUUUUAUACCGAGCAUGUCAUUCCAGCACCCCGGACUUGCUGCUUCACUUCUACCUAAAUUACAAUCGAUGGGGAGGAACCCCCUUCUUCCCGGAGAACUCUUCCCCCAUCCUGAUCAUUUCCGGGCCAUGCGGGGAAUGGAUCCCCCUGACAACGACAUCCAAGACGACCCAAAAGUGGAUCUAGAAGAAAAAGAUCUUUGGGGACAAUUUCAUAAAUAUGGAACGGAAAUGGUGAUAACCAAAUCAGGAAGACGAAUGUUCCCGCCAUUUAAAGUGAAAGUAUCAGGUUUAGAUAAAAAAGCUAAAUAUAUUUUAUUGAUGGAUAUUGUGGCUGUUGAUGACUGUAGAUAUAAAUUUCACAACAGUAAAUGGAUGGUGGCGGGAAAAGCUGAUCCAGAGAUGCCCAAGAGGAUGUACAUCCAUCCAGAUUCUCCGAGUACUGGUGAGCAAUGGAUGCAGAAGAUCGUAUCCUUCCACAAGUUAAAGCUUACAAACAAUAUUUCGGAUAAACAUGGUUUUGUAAGUUAUCAUUUCACCAUUUUGAAUUCCAUGCACAAGUACCAGCCUCGUUUUCAUCUGGUUCGCGCCAAUGAUAUUUUGAAGUUGCCGUACAGUGCUUUUAGAACUUACGUAUUUAAAGAAAUGGAGUUUAUAGCAGUUACAGCUUAUCAGAAUGAAAAGAUUACACAGUUAAAGAUAAACCACAAUCCGUUUGCUAAAGGUUUUAGAGACACUGGGGGAGGCAAGAGGGAGAAAAAAAGGUUAAUAAGUGAGCACAACUCGUCAUAUGCUUCCGGUGACCCUAAACAUGACGAAUCAGCAGGAAGUGAUGACGAAGACAACGAAAAUAUGGAGAUUUGUGUUGUUGAACCAGACGAGAAACCUGUUCCAAUCCGUCAUUCAACACCAACACCACAAGAGAUUGACGUUGGGGAUGAGAAAACGUACUUAGAGGAACACGGUGUGUUUCAUGCACCUCCUAAGUACAGUGGAUCCACCGUGGAACAACACGACGACACCGAAGAGAAACACGAAUCACCCUUAAAAAGUGAAAUUAACGAUAAAGAACUAAAAAUACCCGAACCUGCUAACACGCGUGAGUUCAGAGACCCUGAGCGUCGUGAGCGUUUUGAAAAAUUGGACAAUUCUGAUAAAUACGAAAUGAACUCGUCGAAUGAAGAAUUAUCGCCGCCGAGUGUUGAUAAAGAUCGUAGAGACUACAGUAUUGAUAAAUACGAAAAAAGUGAUCGGGAACGCAGUUUCUUUAAAUACAGGGAUAUGAAAGAUCACGAGAGAUUACUUGGUAAGGACUCCUCACCUCCAAAUGUCACCGUUUUACAACCUUCCGUGACGCAUCCCAUGUUUCCAUAUCUUUGUCCACCGGGGACAGUAUUUCCAGGUUCCACAGGCGCCCUCUCAUUUCAUCUAAAUCCAGCUUUGUUCAGCAGUUCCUCUUUCCCUCAUGGUCCUCUCUCUGUUCCUCUUCUAUCAGGUUCGUCUCCAGAAUUAUCUCAUCUACCUCCCGCACACCUUCACCAUAGCAACACCGGUCCCAUGUUAGGAUCCCAUAGUCUUUUAUCAAACUCACAUCUAAUCAACCAGAGUUAUCAGGCCUUGAACUCCUCCCUCUCAAGCUCCAUGUCACACAUCUCCGGUUCCCACCCCCUAGGACCAAUGUUCUCGCCACGUUCUGCUCCGCACAGAUUCAAUCCCUACACUGUACCCCUCACUAAAACUACAAUGGUCACUACGGCUAGUCCUCUCACAGUCCCUGGGAUACAUUAUGGUUUAGCGGAUUCUAUUAGAAGUACCAGUGCUCUGUCUCCGUCUACCAACGAGGAACAUGUCUCUUCCCGUCAUCAUAAAAGCCCCCUACCGGCUCAUCGUCAGGGUAACACUAAUCCGAACCCCAACCAUGAACUGAAGAGCAUAGAACGAAUGUUGAAUGGUUUGGAUAGGAAGUCAGAAAUGGCACCGGAAUCAAGAAGUUAUAGUCCGGACAGAAAAUAGUCCGUGUGUUUUUA